CAGGGUAGCCUUGGAAGACGUGUUCGUCAAAAGACGCAAGAGGUGAGAGAAAUUCACAAUCGAGGCAAUUUCACUGAAGGUCUUGUAAUUGAAAGGCCUCCAUCUAUUGGAAUUCCUUUGCCAACAGAGAAUAUGGUGGGCAAGCUUGAUGUGAAGGAAAAAAUUCGCAGAUACCUGAGAGGUAGUGAGGGAAUGAUUGGAGUUUGUGGAAUUAGUGGAAUUGGCAAAACUACUAUUAUGAAACACAUCCAUAAUGAAUUAUUGAAUGAGGCUACGCAGUUUGAAAAGGUCAUCUGGAUCACACUAUCACAUCCAUUCAAUGUUGUAAGAUUACAAGGCGACAUUGCAAGAAAAAUGAACAAAGGCCUUCGAGAAGAUGCAGAUGAAUUGGAGCGGGCAUCAAGAUUGAUGGAGAUUAUGAAAACAGUGAAAUAUGCAUUGAUCUUAGAUGAUGUGCAAGAUAAAUUUACUCUUACAAGAGUUGGAAUCCCAAAACCAACAAUGGAAAAUGGGUGCAAAAUUGUUAUUACUAGCAGAUCAGUUAAUGUGUGCAACUACUUGAGCUGUAAAAUAGUUAAGGUGCCCCCUCUUUCAAAGGAAGAGUCUUUCAACUUGUUUUUAGAUGAGGUUGGGCCUGAUGUUCUACAAAUUCCCAAUUCAGAUGAGAUUGUGAAGCUUAUAGUGCAUAAAUGUGCUGGUUUGCCGUCUGUCAUUGUUGGCAUUGCUAGCAGAAUGAGAGGAUUAAAUGCUAUUGUGGACGGUCAUGUUCGUUGUCGUCCCUCUACUCUCCAAAGAGCCAAAACGUCGUCCCUCUACUUGGCUUUUUUUGUUUGUUGUCGUCCCUCCCCUAACACUGUCCAUGUUGCCGUCACUGCUGACCGUUUAGGUCGGUCGGAGAAAACGGCACCGUUCUGGACCAAGGCCUGGUGGGCGAGGGAGCGGUCGGCGACGAAGAUGGCAGGGCGAGAACCGAUAUUGAGGGUGACCAUUGGGCCGAGCUUUGGAUGGAGUUUGCGGAGAAUCAGUUCCAUCUCCGAGGUGGACGUGAGUUUGCGGAGCCAUAGGAAGGGGCCGACGAUGGGGAUGGUGGAGGGGCCGGGAGGGAGAGAGUGGACGGGGGAUUUUGUCGGAAAGAGGAGGUUGAGGAGCGCUCUAAGGAGAAGCGCAAUGGAGACUGUGAUGAGGAUGAUGAACCAGACUUCCAUCUUUCUGGCAGAAUGUGAUUGGAGUGAAAUGGAGCAUGAUGGCGUAUUUGAAGGAAAGUGUCGGUAAAAAAGUAAAAUCUAGAAGGAAAAUAAUUGAGGUUUCUCGAGUUUUAUUUAUUGUCAACGAAUAUCUUUCCUCUGCUUUUUCUAAACAUUUUCCAGGAAACCCCAUUCUUUUGUUUAUGGGAGUAGCUACCAGCUAGAAAGACUCCCAAGCAUGUUCCAGGAAAACCAUUGGCUGCCUUUUUCUAAGCAUUUUCUAGGAAGGCCGAAACCAUUCUUUUGGGUGUUGCUACGAAGGAUCAUCAGUAGUUUCGGUGAGGAAAUCAUUCUUCAUUGUUAUAAUGGCUUCUUCCCAUCUUAAACUCUCUCUUCAUCCAUAACCUUGUUUCUUCUCUGCAAGCUUUAAUAUCUUAAUUUUCCAGUUCUUCUCGCACCAAAAUACCCUGCGCAAGAACUAAGGAGGUCUGCCUGCUUUUUUUGUUCUUUUAAUCACACAAAGCCCUCUGAGUUGCGGACCAGGUAUGAUAUAAUUUAUUUAUUUUUUUAUUUUUAUGAUGAAACGGUAUGAUAUAUUUUUUCAUAUAAAAGAGCUUAGAGUUUGAUAUAUUUUGCUUCUCAGAAAUUCAAAGAAUAAAGGCAAAACCAUAAGUUAAGCCCCUGAACUAACCCCAGAAUCGCUAUUAAACCCCCCAAACUUUA